AUGGCUGGCGUGCUGCUGUGCACACGCACCGCACGCGGGCCAGGGCAACGCCGGCUCCGGGGCGUGCAGAGAUGGGAUUUGGCUCCCCAAUUGAAAAGCGCUGCGGCCGACGUGCUGCACGAGGCAGCGAGCGCAGCUGUUGCGCUUGGUAUUACUGAGGAGGACGAAGGCACUCCAGCCAAGCAGAUUAACACCACCAGCAGCGGCGAGCAGCUGGUCGAGGAGCUUCUAUCCAACAAGAAGCUGACGCACGAGGUGCGUUUGACGCCGGUGGAGGACGGUUGGAUUCGAGAAGGUCGCAUCUACGACAUUUUCCUAAAGGACGCCAAUGUUGGCCAAACCACCCACGUGGCCCUGGGCGACAAAAACGACGUCCGCUUCGUCGUGACCGACCUCAAUGUGGACGUGGAGUGCAAAUACGACUUGCGCCUCACGCGCGUGGACUUUGGAGAGACCGGACGUGUGGUCGCCAAGCUGACCGGUAGUCAAAUGACCUUGCAGUUUCCCCAGCAGGGCGUGGGUCCUGGAAGCUGCGAAUUUGCACAAGGCCUGGACUUAGAUAUCCGGGAGGUAGUGAGUGACCGUGAUGCCAUCAAUGUGGAGAUCGGAAACAUCUUGCGUGGGAACCUCAUGGGGAUCCGCUCCGAGAUCGUCCGCUCCAUGGAGGAUGGCCUUUGUCGAAACCUUUUGGCUCCCUCAAUGGGGGGUACCUCGGGGCUGAAUCUUCCCAUGGCCCCAGCGCAAUCCAUGUGGCCUUUGGUGAUAGGCUCAGUGCUGGCGUUGAUCCUGCUGUUGUGCGGCGCUUUCUUUCUUGGUCGCUGCAGCGUUCAGGACUGGUCUCGCUCUCACAAAGUGAAGCGAUCCUUAGGGCCCUUGUUCUCCUCAGAGGAGGACCGACUUCAGCACCGGGGCGGCAUGAGAUACAUUCCUGACGCGGACGAUCCGGUGGCGGAAAAGUGGAUCGGAUGGGUACGGGAGCGGGCCGCGAGCAGCGGCAGCGCCUGUGGUGCCUCACGCGCACGCGUCACGCGGGCCGCAGGUCUUUGGUGCCGAUCACUGGAUCGCAGGUUUUUGCCUCGUGGGCGGCCUUUGUUUGCAAGGGUGGCGGGGCCAUCUACGCGGUGCCAGGUGCAGGACGGCGACACCAUCGCAGUGGUGGGCGCGGGCGGGAAUGUGGGCCGCUUGGUCACCCAACGGCUUUGCAGCAUGGGCCGCUUCCAAGUGCAUGGAGUCGUCCGGGAUCGUCAGAAGGCAUCUACUUGGGCCCAAGACUUGGAGAACCUAAGCCUCUUCGAAGCGGACACCCGGGAUGCUGCGGCCCUACUGGAACCCUUGUCCUCGGCGGCGGCAGUGGUGUGCACCACCGGUGUGCCAGCCUUCGGCAUUAGCGGGCAGUGGGAGAAGGGCAACCAUCCAGAGACGGUGGAUCACUUUGGCGUGAAGAACGUCGCGCAUGUGUGGUCUUCUGCAGAGAAGGUGCCCAAACGACGCUUCGUGCUCAUGUCUUCCAUCGGUGUCACUCGGCGCGAUGGCUUCCCGUACAACAUCCUGAACGGUGGUGGCGUGCUGGAUGCCAAGGCCCGUGGUGAGGAGGCAGUGGCACAGAUGGCCUCGGCGGAGGGCUUCGGGGUCACCGUGGUGCGCCCGGGCCAGCUGUUUGGUGGGCCCUAUGAGAACAAUCGCUACCUAGGGACCCUGUUCCAGCUGGACAAGGACAUCAACACGCGCGGAGUGAGUGUGCAGCCGGGCGACACCGCCGUUGGCGACACCUUGCGGAGCUCUUUGGCUGGAGUUCUGGUGAGGUAUGCCCUUUUCAGCUGGAACAAGAGAGCGUCUUCCCCAAGUGCUUCGGGGCUUACCAAGAUGCUCUUUGGCUCGGCGGAUGGGCUUUACACGCCCCGUGCACGGCUUCGGACCAGCGAGGCUGGCAGCGAGGGCAGCCUGCUGCCGGGCUCGUCGAAUGGACACCGGGCGGCGCUGGAGGUGAUCCUGUCCCGCUUGGAGUUCAAUUCCCUGGCAGCCGUGGGACACCGGGUCGUGCAUGGCGAGACCUUCACCCGGGCGACGCUUGUGAAUGAGGAGGUCUUAGAACGGAUUGAGCGCGCUGGAAGGUUGGCACCCAUGCAUAAUCCUUGGAACUUGCUGGGCAUUCAGGUGGCUCAGGAGACACUGAAGUGUCCACAGAUGGCAGUCUUUGACACUGCCUUCCAUCAGACGAUGCCACCAGAGGCAUAUAUGUAUGCCUUGCCACAUGAGCUUUGUGAGAAACACGGCCUUCGAAAAUAUGGAUUUCAUGGAACGUCCUACCUCUACAUUGUCAGCAAAGCAGCCAAAGCGUUGCAGAAGCCUGUCAAGGAGGUGAACUUGAUCGUGUGCCACUUGGGGAGUGGCGCCUCCAUGUGCGCCAUCCAAGCGGGGCAAUGCAUUGACACCACCAUGGGUUUCACACCACUCGAAGGCUUAGUGAUGGGAACUCGUUGCGGAGACUUGGAUCCUGCAGUGCCUCUCCAUCUCAUCGAGCUGGGCUACAGCACGGAGGAGGUCUCAGAGCUUCUGAACAAACACUCGGGUCUUAAGGGCCUUUGUGGCUUCUCCGACAACCGCGAUGUGGAAGCGCGCUUUCGCACGGGCGAGCAUCGCGCGCAGCUGGCGAAGAGGAUUCAGGUCUACCGCACACGAAAGCAUUUGGGCUCCUACCUGGUGGCCUUGAAUCGGGUCGAUGCCUUAAUCUUCACCGGUGGCGUCGGAGAGAAUUCGCCUUUGCACCGGUCGCUGGUGUGCGAGGGCCUGGAGAGGCUGGGGAUUCAGCUGGAUGAAGAAGCCAACCAAGCGGCGGAAGGGCGAUGCACUGGCGGCACGGCCCUGCAUAAGCCUGCGUCGAAGACAGAGAUUUGGGUGAUUCCCACCGACGAAGAGCUGUCCAUUGCCCAGCAGACUGCUGAUUUGCUGGUGGUCAACGAAGAGGGCACGCCACCGGAGGAGGAGGAGAUCGAUCAGAUGCUGUCGAGCCUUGGGUCCUCCACCUCAGGAUCUCAGGCCAACGAGCAAAUGGACAAGCGCAUGGGCUUAGCGCAAGAGACCUUCAGUCAAGCCGUGCAGAACGUCGUGAGCGGCAAGAUCUUUGACGAGUCGUAG